AUGUCCCCCUCCACCAUAAACUACCCCCUGCUCUCCAUCCCCGCCUACUACAUCUUCUCCCUUCUCCCGCACAUCUACGCCGGCGCCCUCCUCUCCUCCAACGGCUACAAAGUCAACAACGCCAACCCCAAAGCCUCGCUUGCCCCCUCCGCCGUGCAGGGAAAGGUCCCCGAUGCAGUCUACCAGAAAUACCAAAGAGCCGAGAACGCACAGAGCAACAGCCUGGAACAACUCCCUCUUUACGCUGUAGCCGUGCUGGCUAGUGUGAUUGCGGAGAGGAGCACGGCGAGGGGAUUGGGGAAUGUUGUUGCUGUGGAGGAUGUUACGGGCUUGACGGGGUUUAUUGGGGCUUUUAUGGUUGUGAGGGCGGCGUAUAUGGUCUCGUACGUGCAGAUUGCGGACCACAGCAAGUCUUUCAUCAGGAGUACAUUUUGGGUUAUUGGAGCUGGACUUUCGGCGUACCAGAUCUACAAGGCCGCGGCCAUCAUCGGAUAA